UGCUGAAUGUCUGCUGACCAGAGAAACGCGCUCACAGUUGGAAACAAUAAAAAGAAAAACGAUUUCAUUUUUCAGAUACCAAAAGAGGAUUAAAAACGUUUCUGACAUGGAGUCCAACAACGGCCUGCUAGGAGGAACUACCUACCAAAAAUACUUUUCUAGAUCGGUGUAAGGAUAUUUCUUACAGCUGGCCAGCCGCGCUGGAGCGGGAAGCAUGGCCAAGAUCUGUACGGACCAAACCUAUUCAACAAGGCUACGGCCGUCCAACCGCGCGGCAGACGAUGACCUCGCAGUCGUCGAAAACGGCGACAGCAGGGCUCCCUCUCUCUGUGAGGACGGCUCCGAGGCGUCCGGGCCGACCGCCUGCCGAAGUCCCAACACCCACCGAGACUCCUUUACCGGCGUUGGCGCCAUGGCCAGGGUGUCUCACUUCCUGUUCCUGCUGCGGUCAUGGGUGUUCCACAGGAUGCAGGUGGAGGAGGAGCGACCAGACUCCUUCCUGGAGCGGUUCAGGGGACCCGAGCUGCAGGACGUCCCCAGUAGGGAGAGCAAUGCCCAGGCCCUGGGUCUCCAGGACAGCCUGCGCAAAAGGAGGAAAGAGAUCUGGAUCAUGGAUCCAGCAACAGACAAGUACUACCGCUGGCUCACUGUCAUCGCUCUCCCUGUGUUCUACAACCUCAUGAUGCUCAUCACAAGAGCCUGUUUCAAUGAACUCCAGGACACCUACACAAGGCUCUGGAUAUUCCUCGACUACACGUCCGACUUCAUCUACUACACCGACUCGUUCGUGAGAUCGAGAACAGGUUACCUGGAACAAGGCCUUCUCGUGAAAGACUCCAAGAAACUGAGGGAUAAAUACAAGACAACGUCCCAGUUCAAAUACGACAUGAUCUCCAUGAUACCGACUGACCUUCUGUUUUUACGGCUGGGCUUCAACAAUCCAGAGUUACGGCUGAACCGCCUGUGCAAAAUGCCCCGACUUCUUGAGUUCUUUGAGCGCACAGAGACCCGGACAAGCUUCCCUAACAUGUUCCGCAUCAGCAACCUCGUGCUUCAGAUCCUGGUCAUCAUCCACUGGAACGCGUGCGGCUUCUACGCCAUCUCCAAGACGAUCGGCUUUGGCACAGACACCUGGGUGUACCCCAACAUUAGCCACCCCGAGUACGGCCGCCUGGCCAGGAAGUACAUCUACUGCCUGUACUGGUCCACGCUGACCCUCACCACCAUCGGAGAGACCCCGCCGCCGGUCCAGGAUGUGGAAUACCUCUUUGUGAUCGCCGACUUCCUCACGGGCGUGCUGAUCUUCGCUAGUAUCGUGGGAAACGUCGGCUCCAUGAUUUCCAACAUGAACGCGUCGCGAGCCGACUUCCAGGCCAAGAUCGACUCCAUCAAGCAGUACAUGCAGUUCCGCAAGGUCUCCAAGGACCUGGAGGCCAGGGUGAUAAAGUGGUUCGACUACCUUUGGACAGAGAAGAAGACGUGCGACGAGAAGGAGGUUUUGAAGAACCUCCCGGACAAGCUCAAGGCCGAGAUCGCCAUCAACGUCCACUUGGACACGCUGAAGAAGGUGCGCAUCUUCCAGGACUGCGAGGCGGGUCUCUUGAUCGAGCUGGUGCUGAAGCUGCAGCCGCAGGUUUUCAGCCCUGGGGACUACAUCUGUAAGAAGGGCGACAUUGGCAGGGAGAUGUACAUCAUAAAGGAGGGCAAGCUGGCCGUGGUGGCGGACGACGGGGUCACGCAGUUUGUGGUGCUGAGUGACGGCGCGUACUUUGGGGAGAUCAGUAUUUUGGGGAUCAAGGGCAGUAAGGCUGGGAACAGGAGAACCGCAAACAUCCGCAGCGUGGGCUACUCGGAUCUCUUCGCCCUGACCAAGGACGACAUGAUGGAGGCCCUGACCGAGUACCCGGACGCAAAGAAGGCCCUGGAGGAGAAGGGCAAGGCCAUCCUGAUGAAGGACAACCUGAUCGACGAGGCCAUUGCCAACGCCGGUGCAGACCCCAAAGACCUGGAGGAGAAGGUGGACAAGCUGGAGGGGAACCUGGACCUCAUGCAGACCAAGUUCGCCAAGAUCAUGGCCGAGUUCACGUCCACCCAGGCCAAGAUGAAGCAGCGGGUGACCGACAUGGAGUCCAAAGUGAAAUCCGUCCAGCCGCAAGACCUGCUGGAAGUGGUGGCGGACAAGGACAAAAAGGUCCAGUAGUAGCGACCCUUGUGGAAGUCAGAAAGGUCAAUAAAACGCCCGAUGCUUCAGCGCCACCCACCAUGGAACCCUACAGGAAGAACAUGACAGAAAGACUUUAUAGCCGUUCUGUUUACACAUCAUUGUAUAUUAUUAUUAUUUAUUAUUAUUACUUGUUGUUCUCCAUUAUGAGUGUCAAAACUGGGAACGUAAUAUGCAAUGCAUACACUCUUUUGGUGUAAGACAUGGCUGACAUGUUUAACUGUUUUUAUUCAAAAGAUUUCUGAAACGUUAUUCAGCCAUUCUGUCCAUGGAUCAAAUGGAAGCAAUAGAGAAAUGGUAUAUUAUUGUAAUGUUAUUAUUAAUUAUUAUUAUUAUUCAUAAUAAUUUCCUAUUCCAAGCCUCAGUAUUACACAGAAUAUAUUUGACCCUCAGUUUGGUUACAAGGAGAUAACUAGGACUAUGAAAGAAUAGUGCUACGAAGGCUGAGCACUAUGGUAGCAAAGGUGAACCUAAAGGGUGAUGGGGUUGUCGAUUCGAACCCUAGUGUGGUGGUUUCAUUAUGUACUCCCAGAUAUGUUGGGUAGUACUCUGUACUCAGUGUGCACAAACAGGGAAACUGAAAACCUCUGUUUGAUUUUAAUCUGAACUGUAAAUACCGCAGAACAAUUGAAUGUGAAACCAAUAACUAUUCUGAUUUAGGAAUGUUCAUGACAUUGAAAAUAUGUCAUUAAACAUAAUAAAUGUGAUUCUUUGUU